AUGUAGGUCGUGACAUAUCGGAUUCCGAGUCUAGAACUGUGGAUCUGCGAGAACGAAGACAGCAGACGAUAACAAAACGUCAGAGGAUUAAGCAGACGAUAGAGAGAAGGGGAAAACAGAAAGGAUAGCAGAGAUUCUUAUCUACCUUAGGCAGGUAAAUUACAGGUAGAUGGCAACACAGGUGUUUCGGAUGUCCUAUUAUCUCCUCAGAGUACGUUUUAUGUUGACAUCCAUCAGAAGCCAUUUUGGCUUCACUUGAGAUGGGGAUGAUUUUUCACCUUCAUGUGUUUUCGUUUGUGUAAAGAGUAAAUGAAGAAUGGACCAUUUAGGCAGCCCCGCCACUUUAAACUGGCACGGAGGGUUCGUGAGACAGUAGAUACAGAAAUGGCCAAUCCGGACUUAUAUAUCACAGAAUCUUGUGAACCGGUGUUCUGGGACUGUUCAGCGGGCACAUUGUUGAUCGACCCCUGUUCCUGUUUCCGGUACUAUGAGUGCAAAGGUCACGGUAAUGGCGUUGUGGAGCGGACGUGUGCUUUAGGGACGGCGUAUAGUAACAGCAGUAAGACCUGUGUGAAUGAAAAGACGGUGCUGAGGACGGAGUGUACACGAAAUCUUCCGUGGGGUAGAUGUGGUCUUAACGAUACCGAGAGUCUUGUGAUAAGAUGUACAAACCAAACGACACGGAGUACUAGCAACUCAAUCACAACCACGCAGAAUCCAGUGACAAAAUCCAGCAGUAAUGGGUCAGAUGGAAACGAGGCUGGGAUUAUCGUGGGGGCGCUGUUUGGCGGGCUUUUUGUCGUAGUUGUAGCGAUUUUAAUAGCAGUGUUAUUUCAUCGACAUCGGGAGAAAAAGAAAACUAAGCUGACGAAGAAACGAUCCGUUCAAAACCCAGAGUAUAAUUUUCAGCCUGAAUCGCCGGUGGAAGAGGAAGAAGAAACAUACCACGUGAUUGAUGAUAAUAUGAAUGACCCGGAAUACCGAGGCGACUUCGGAACAGCCCACCCACCGUCCGUUCCAUACAGAGCCCCUAAUGGAGACACCAUCGGCGGACCGGCAAAGUCUGCUAGUGGAAUUAAUUUUACAAUGCAUAAUAACGACAAUUUAACCUCAAAACAUGAACAGUCCAGUUCACAGAAUGGAACAAUCAACAUAUUACAUAAAGACACAGACGAUGCGCCUGCGCAGGAAGAAGAGGCGGGCUAUAUUGCAAUCUUCCCUCAGGACACUCCAGAUGCGGAAAUUUCACCCAGAGACGUGACAGAAGAAACUCCUUAUGAUAAUUCUUUUGUGAUCCAUUCAGAAGUAUCUGGAGAAGAUACGAGAAUGUAAUACUAAUGUAAAACAGUAUAUAGUUAUAUACUGAGCAUGUGAUAUCUAUACAUAUAUGUUGUAUAAAGUUAUUUGCUUGAUAUUAAUUGCCAGAUAUUGUUCACAUGAUAUAAACAUUCUUUGAGAGUGUGGAGAGAGAGAGAGAGAGAGAGAGAGAGAGAGAGAGAGAGAGAGAAUUUUCAUUUGUGGUGCAAAAUUGUAAAUAUUCCAAUAAAAAAAUAAAAUUCGUAUUAUUA